AUGGGUGACGCUCAAUUUCCAUUGCCGCAAACUGGGACACUCCCUCCGCUGGACCUUAAUAACGUUCAGGGAGACAUUAUUGAGGGACUUGCCAAAAAGCGGCAAACGUUCUUUUUCUUUCGUAUCAACAAGGACGAAGUUGCCUGUUUCCGGGACCAGCUGGCACAUCUUCUCCCUCUGAUCACUUCUGCGGGCGACGCCAGGAGCUUCCGCAAUGAGGUCAAAGAUGCCAAGCGGAAGGCAGCCCAGAUUGGUCGACAGACUGGUCUUCUGGAGAACAGCGCAGUCAACAUCGCAUUCUCAAAAACCGGAUUGACCACCCUCGGAAUCAACGAUGAAAUCAAUGAUACGCCCUUCACAGUAGGACAACGUGCGCACGCUGCCGACACGCUUGGCGACAAUCUGGACAAAUGGGACGAGAAGUUCAAGGAAGAAAUACACGGUGUCAUACUCGUGGCUGCUAGCCAUAAGCACAUUCUUGACAAGGCUUGGGGCCGCGUGAAGAACAUCUUCCAAGUCGGCAAGGAGCACGCCGGCAUUAUAGUGGUGAAGGAGCUUGCCGGACAAACCCGACCUGGCAGCGAAGACGGCCACGAACAUUUCGGGUUCAACGAUGGUCUCAGCCAGCCCUCCAUACAGGGCGUAAACUCUGACGACAUGGACGGCAUAGAUCCUCCAGUCCGUCAAGGAAUUAUCCUGCUCGGCCGUGAAGGUGACGACGGUUUUGUUGAACCAGGGCAGACGAGCGCUGGGCCCGUGCCUCGUCCAUCCUGGGCCAUCGAUGGCAGCUUCUUGGCCUUCCGCUACCUGAAGCAGCUUGUGCCCGAAUUCGACGACUUCCUAGAGCGGAACGCGCUCGACGUGGGCAUCGGUGCUCCUCCGAAUGCCGGGAAAGACCUACUUGGUGCACGUCUGGUUGGUCGCUGGAAGAGUGGCGCGCCGGUUCAGCUUGCCCCUAUCCAGGAUGAUCCAUCUCUCGCUGUACCUGGGAAGAACCAGGACUUCCGAUUCUCGAUCGACGACCAGGAGAGAUGCCCCUUCGCGGCGCACAUCCGCAAGACCAAUCCUCGCGGUGAUUUGCCAACUGUAGAGAUCCGACGCAUCCUUCGCCGUGGUAUCACCUUUGGGCCCGAAGUAACCCCUAAGGAGAAGACCGACAAGAAGAGCUCGGACGACGAGAAGCUCGAGAGAGGUCUGCUCUUUGCUUGUUAUCAGAGCAACAUUGCCAACGGCUUCGAAUUCAUUCAAAACCGCUGGGCAAACCAGAAGAACUUUCCACCUGGGGCGAACGUCGUCCCUGGUUUCGACCCGCUGAUCGGGGUGCCUCUAGAUAACUCUCAACGUGAUAUCCUUGGUUCUGAUCCCAAGGAUCUGACGCUCCCGCUCAAGCUGGAAGCGGAUUGGGUCGUCUCUCGUGGAGGAGAAUACUUCUUCUCUCCGUCUAUUUCUGCACUGAAGGGUAUCUUCGCCAAGAAAGCUUGA